CUGCUCUUGAACUCCUGACCUCAGGUGAUCUGCCUGCCUCGGCCUCCCAAAGUGCUAGGAUUACAGGUGUGAGCCAUCACACCCAGCUGAAACUUUUAAACUACAAGUAAAAAUCUCAAAAUAAUAUAUUUUCCUUAAACAUAGGCUAUGAAUUAAUAAAAUAGAUUCAAUCACCUUUUGGUAAAGGAAGUGUGAAGGAUUGACUACUCAUUUCUUUAUGGAUGAAAAAUUCGCAUGGGUGAGUGCCCUAGAUGAAAAAGAACUCUUUCUUUCCUUCUUUUUUGGUAUUUCCUUCCCAUUGACUUUUUCAGAAGCUACCUCAUUUUGUUUUUCAGCCACCUUGAAUAGCUUGUAGUUUCCUUGGUCUCUGAAGGGACUCACACACACCACAGUCCUUGACGGCAAUAGCAACCACCAGGAGGGCCUCACCCUCGUUAUGCAACCUUGGGCCUUCCCCCUCCACUGUUUUCUUUCAGCUGCACCAAGGGCCAACCUUUAAAGCUCUAGGGGCAUCACAGACAUAUUCAGAGCCCCAGGACCCCACCUAUUAUUCCUUUGCUUAGAAGGAACCUCUCCUUCUCCAAACCUCCCCAUCCAAACCUGAUGGGGCUCUUCCUUCCCAAACCUCAUCCAUCCAUCAAGAUCUAGCUUCUGUUUCAUUUCCUCCAGAGGAAGCUGCCUUUUCCUCUAAACUUCAUAAUGUUUAGUGUCUAUACCAUUAAAAUAUGCUACCUCACAUUAUUCAUGCCUCCAUUUGCUGCUGCGGCUGCUGCUUUUUUUUUUUUGAGAUAAGGUCUUGCUCUGUCGCCAAGGCUGGAGUGCAAUGGCAUGAACACAGCUCACUGCAGCCCUGACCUCCUGGCUCAAGCAAUCCUCCUGCCUCAGUCUCCUGUGUAUCUGGGAUCACAGACAUGCACUACCAUGCCCAGCUAAUUUUUAAAUUUUUUUGUAGAGACGGGUCUCACUUUGUUGCCCAGGCUGGUCUUGAACUCCUAGUUUCAAGCUCGGCCUCCCAAAGUGCUGGUGUUAGCCACUGCACCUGGCCCAUUUGCUCUGUUUUUAAAAGUUGCAUUUUAUUUUUAAUUGAUAAAUAAUGAUUGUGUAUACUUAUGAGGUACAAUGUGACAUUUUGAUACAUAUAUACAUUGUGGAGUGAUCAAAUCUGGUGAAUUAGCAUAUUCAUCACUUCAAAUAUUUAUCAUUUUUUGUAGUAAGAACAUUUAAAAUCCUCUCAUUUAGCUAUUUUGAAGUAUACAGGACCUCAUUAUUUAUAGUCACCACACUGUGCAACAGAACACCAGAACGUAUUCCUCUUGCCUGACUGAAACCUUGAUCCAUCAAUCACUCUCUUCCCCUCUCACCCACCCCUCACCCCCAGCCUCUCGUAACCACCAUUCUAGAAUCUCUACUUCUAUAAGUUCAGUUUUUUUAUAGAUUCCACAUAUAAGUGAGAGCAUAUGGCAUCUGUCUCGCUGUGCCUGGCUUAUUUCACUUAACAUAACAUUCUCUAGGUUUAUCUAUGUUGUCGUAAUGACAGAAUUUUCUGUGCCUUUUUCAAGGCUGAAUAUAUUCUAUUGUGCAUACAUGCCACAUCUUUUAAAUCCAUUCAUCUGUUGAUGGAUACUUAGAUUGUUUCCAUAUCUUGGCUAUUUUUAAUAAUCCUGCAAUGGACAGGGGAGAGCAGAUGUCUCUUCAACACACUGAUUUCAAUUCCUCGGUGCUUCCUGAGACAUAUGGCAAUUCUAUUUUUAGUUUUUUGAGGAACCUCCAUACUGUUUUUCAAGAUGUCUGUACUAAUUUAUGAUACAGCCAAGUGUACAAGGGCUCCCUUUUCUCCACAGCCUCGCCAACACUUGUUAUCUUUCUUUCUUUCUUUUAAAGAUGGGGUUUCACCAUGUUGGUCAGGCUGGUCUUGAACUCCUGACCUCAGGUGAUCCACCCGCCUUGGCCUCCAAAGUGCUUGGAUUACAGGCGUGAGCCACCAUGCCCAACCCUCUUUCUUUCUUUAUUCUUGAGACAGGAUCUUGCUCUGUUGUCCAGGCUGCAGUGCAGUGGUGUGAUUUCAGCUCACUGCAGCCUCAACACCUCGACCUCCCCAGCUCAAGCAGUUCUACCCUACCCCAGCCACCUGAGUAGCUGGGACUGCAUGCACACACCACCAUGCCUGGCAUUUUUUUUUUUUUGUAGAGGCGGUGUUUCACCAUGUUGCCCAGGCUGGUCUUGAACUCCUGAGCUCAAGUGAUCCUCCUGCCCUGGCCUCCAAAAGUGCUGGGAUUACAGGUGUGAACCACCAUGCCUAGCCAAGAUCUCUUUAUAGGGACACCGAACACAUGACUUUGACAAGGCUGAUGUUUUGCUGAACAUGAAGAUGGGCUUCAGGCCAGUGGGUGGCCCUAGCUGGGGAGCUAGGAGUUGGGAAAGUCUCCCCUCUAGCCAUCGAAGAUGAGGAACUGCAGGGUGACCAUCAGCACCUGUAGGGCCAGCCCCAUUCCUGGGCUUCACACAUGCCUAUAGGGGAACCAGGGCAGGUGAUCAGAGGCUGGAGUAGGGCAUAGGCAGGGAUGUGCUUGGGGGCCCAUGCCAGGGUUUCAAUUCAGGUUAUAAAGAAAGCAGAUCAAUCCUGAUAUCACUCAUAGUUCCAUUUUGUGCUCAAGCUUACAAUUCUAGGCCCAGGACAAGGCAGAGCAAUGGGAAAAGGUUUCCAGCUCAGCUGGGUCCAGAUAUCCACUCCCUUUAGUCCCAAGCCAUACUGUCCUUGUCCUUUGUUCUCUGAUCCAGCUUCCCAAACAGGUCUUAGCCUUUUCCCUGCACUGAGCCCCACACCCUUAAGAAACCCCCUUUCUUGGUAUAUCUCAUCUGUAAGCCAGGACAAGGCAAGCCUCAGAAAAAGGAAUAUAAACUACCUGGGACUCUGCAGUCCUCUGCGGUCCUCUCCCCUGCCCCAUCAGUGGUCAGAGACCCUGGCCCUGAAGUCUCUGAGAUGGGUUCCUCCUGCCACUUUCCUUCCCCUGUGGCUGAGAGGGUGCAGUGAGGGAGGAGAGCUGCCCCUCCGUAUACUCCACCAGGGGACAGCUCAAGGUGAGAUAGGAUGGGAGCCUCAGACCCAUUGGCUGCUCCUGGGAGGGGAGCAGCGCUCUUCAGCCUCCUGCCCAGGCGUUGGUCCCCACCCCAAUCCAUGUCGGCCCUUUCAGGAGCUUUUAGUGGGAAUGAGCUCAGACCCGCAGCACAGGCCCGGCUGCCCUCCUGUCUCAGCUCCUCCCAUUGCUCUUUGAUCGUCUCUUCCAUCUGACCUCUGGGCCCUCUCUCCACCAGGCACUUCUGCAAGCAGCCCCCUUCAUCCCAGCAUCACCUCUUCCUCCCGUUUCUCCUUCCACUCGCAGGUCCACAUCCUCCUCCCAUUCCCCUCUCUCCCCUCUUCAGACCCCCACCUUCCAGUUUCCUCACCUCCCCUUUCUGUGGGUUCCCUGGGGCUUACAGCAAGAGGGAGAGAGAGCUCCUGACAGGAUUGAUGGUCCUUCCCCACCCUGUCCUCUCAUCUGCUCCCUCCCCAUCGGGCACAGACAGCCCCCUACAAAAGGCAGGAGCCUGGCAGUGUGGAAACAGCUGCUCUCAGACGCCCUUCCCUUCGCCCUCUGCUGGCUAGGCUGGGCUGUGCCUCCGCUCCCUCUUCCUCCAGCUGAGAGUGGGCACCUGGGGUGCUGAGCCCCCCACCUCAUUCUCCAUGAAUGCUGUGGAAAGUCCUGAGGGGCAGGAGCUACAAAAGCUGGGAAGCGGAGCCUGGGACAACCCCGCCUACAGCGGUCCCCCUUCCCCGCACGGGACACUGAGAGUCUGCACCAUCUCCAGCACAGGCCUCCCCCAGCCCCAACCCAAGAAGACUGAAGAUAUACCCGAGGAGACAGCACACAGGACCCGGGUAUCCAGAUGCUGCCUCCUUAUCUGCCGAGGCAUCAGAGGACUUUGGGGAACAACCCUGACUGAGAACACAGCUGAGAACCGGGAACUUUAUGUCAAGACCACCCUGCGGGAGCUGCUGAUAUACAUUGUGUUCCUGGUGGACAUCUGUCUGUUGACCUAUGGAAUGACGAGCUCCAGUGCUUAUUACUACACCAAAGUGAUGUCUGAGCUCUUCUUACAUACUGCAUCAGACACUGGAGUCUCCUUUCAGGCCAUCAGCAGCAUGGCUGACUUCUGGGAUUUUGCCCAGGGCCCACUACUGGACAGUUUAUAUUGGACCAAAUGGUACAACAACCAGAGCUUGGGCCAUGGCUCCCACUCCUUCAUCUACUAUGAGAACCUGCUGCUGGGGGUUCCGCGGCUGCGGCAGCUGAAGGUCCGCAAUGACUCCUGUGUGGUGCAUGAGGACUUCCGGGAGGACAUUCUGAGCUGCUAUGAUGUCUACUCUCCAGACAAAGAAGAACAACUCCCCUUCGGGCCCCUCAAUGGCACAGCGUGGACAUACCACUCGCAGGAGGAGUUGGGGGGCUCCUCCCACUGGGGCAGGCUCACAAGCUACAGCGGAGGCGGCUACUACCUGGACCUUCCAGGAUCCCGACAGGCCAGUGCAGAGGUUCUCCGGGAUCUUCAGGAGGGGCUGUGGCUGGACAGGGGCACUCGGGUGGUGUUCAUCGACUUCUCAGUCUACAAUGCCAACAUCAAUCUUUUCUGUGUUCUGAGGCUGGUGGUGGAGUUUCCAGCUACAGGAGGUGCCAUCCCAUCCUGGCAAAUCCGCACAGUCAAGCUGAUCCGCUAUGUCAGCAACUGGGACUUCUUUAUUGUCGGCUGUGAGGUUGUCUUCUGUGUCUUCAUCUUCUACUAUGUGGUGGAAGAGAUCCUGGAGCUCCACAUUCACCGGCUUCACUACCUCAGAAGCAUCUGGAACAUCCUGGACCUGGUGGUCAUCUUGCUCUCCAUCGUGGCUGUGGGCUUCCACAUAUUCCGAACGCUCGAGGUGAAUCGGCUGAUGGGAAAGCUCCUGCAGCAGCCAAACAUGUAUGCGGACUUUGAGUUCCUCGCCUUCUGGCAGACACAGUACAACAACAUGAAUGCUGUCAACCUCUUCUUCGCCUGGAUCAAGAUAUUCAAGUAUAUCAGCUUCAACAAAACCAUGACCCAGCUCUCCUCCACGCUGGCCCGCUGUGCCAAGGACAUCCUGGGCUUCGCCGUCAUGUUCUUCAUUGUUUUCUUCGCCUAUGCCCAACUCGGCUACCUGCUUUUCGGGACCCAAGUGGAAAACUUUAGCACUUUCAUCAAGUGCAUUUUUACUCAGUUCCGCAUAAUCCUUGGGGACUUUGACUACAAUGCUAUCGACAAGGCCAACCGCAUCCUGGGCCCUGCCUACUUUGUCACCUAUGUCUUCUUCGUCUUCUUCGUGCUCCUGAAUAUGUUCCUGGCCAUCAUCAAUGACACAUAUUCAGAGGUCAAGGAGGAGCUGGCUGGACAGAAGGAUGAGCUACAACUUUCUGACCUCCUGAAACAGGGCUACAACAAGACCCUACUAAGACUGCGUCUGAGGAAGGAGAGGGUUUCAGAUGUGCAGAAGGUCCUGCAGGGUGGAGAGCAGGAAAUCCAGUUUGAGGAUUUCACCAACACCUUAAGGGAACUGGGACACGCAGAGCAUGAAAUCACUGAGCUCACAGCCACCUUCACCAAGUUUGACAGAGAUGGGAAUCGUAUUCUGGAUAAGAAGGAACAGGAACAAAUGCGACAGGACCUGGAGGAAGAGAGGGUGACCCUCAACACUGAGAUUGAGAACCUGGGCCGAUCCAUCGUGAGCAGCCCACAAGGCGAGUCCAGCGCAGAGGCUGCCAGAGCAGGAGGCUGGAUUUCAGAAGAAGAAUUCUACAUGCUCACAAGGAGAGUUCUGCAGCUGGAGACUGUCCUGGAAGGAGUUGUGUCCCAGGUUGAUGCUGUAGGCUCCAAGUUGAAAAUGCUGGAGAGGAAGGGGUGGCUGGCUCCCUCUCCAGGCGUGGAGGAACAAGCCCUUUGGAAGCACCUGCAGCCAGCCCCAGCUGUGACUCCAGACCCCUGGGGAGUCCACUGUGGGCAGGAGAGUGACGUUCUCUAUAAAAGAGAAGAAGAAGCCUUAGAGGAGAGGAGACUCCCAUGUGGUAAGAUUCCAGUGUUGCAGAGUAGUUACGAGUGA